CAGUCCGGUUGACCAAUAGCCUUAGACUUUUUGCUAAUCCGAUAUGGAUCCAAUAAUCAUAAGAUGAGAUUUAGUUUAAUAUGGCUUCAGUUUAAAACCAUUUUUUAUGUGUAAUGAAUUUGUACGACAAAUACAUGUAAAGUGAAGAUGAACCUGAUUAUGCAUUUUGAUUCUUUAGAUAAAUACAAUGGUUUAAGACUUUAAGCAAUGAACUAACUAUACAUUCACUCGAUUAGUUUAACGAGUUAUGAUUUUAUCACUUCCAAUCUCGUGUUGUCGACGUAUUCCAUUGAUGCCAUCGUCGCCUAUCUCCUGCCAGCCGCCAUCUUUUUUCUCGCUGCCCACUUGACACGCUAAACACAACACCAAACUGCGACCAAGUGUAAUCGCAGUCCGACAAUGCAGAAUAGUGGCAAGUUCUAUUUAUCAACCCAGGGUCUGAUCUACUUCCUACUCCGUUAUGAUUUAUUAUCUAGCAAACUAAGUUGAGUGAAUGUGAUUUUAGCUAAGGCAGUAAGAAAGCAGGAAAUGGUUCGAAGUUCUUAAGCAGGGGAAGAGUCACUCGGGAAUGACUCCCUCUAGCUCCUUAGUUAGGUCAAAGUUGUAAUUACCUUUGGUUGAUUUACUGUUGAUUAAAUUGUGGAAGAUCCAACAGUAGCUUGGAAUCUCUUAAGCUGACCAAGCCCUCUCAGACAGACUAAUCGGCAGGUGACUAGCCUUCACCGGGAUAGACUGUUGAGGCAAUAAACACAGAACUCCACUACUGGAAUUGGAUUCCAGUACAAAGCAGUAAAUCGAUUAACUCUCGUAUAACCAAUUGACUACUACCGAUUGAUGAAGCUCUAACAACCUAAUAAGAUUCUAUCUAUCUCAUGUUGCAGUAGAAAUCAAGAAAAGUUUAUCAAACUUCAAUUGACUCAAUGAAUCAUGCAUCAAUCGAUUAUAAUCAAGCAGUAUAUCAAUCCAAACGUCAUUACAAUCAAGAUUCCUAACACAUGGAACUAGGGUUCUUCAUACCCAAGUGAGAGAGGGUUCUACUCCAUAGAGAGAGAGAGAGAGAGAGAGAGAGAGGAAAACAGAAAUCAGAGCAGUCAUACUCAUAAAGAUGGGGAUAAUCUGCUCUAGGAUGUCGAUCUUCACUCUUGGGGAUGCAAUCUGGGCUUCAAUGGUGAGAAAUCCACUCCAAAUAGCUCCUAGGAUUUGUUCUUCGCACUUUCUCUCUCUAAAACUCUGUUUUCUGCUCAAAAAGUCGUCUCCCUUUCCUUUGGAUCGAAUCUGCCUAAAAAACCCGAUUCUGGGCGAAAUACGGGCAGAAAUACGGUCGUAAUUCUUCACUGCCCGUAUUUUGCCCAAAACGCGCGUUUUGGUUAAGUCUCAACGCAUCCAAGGCUCCUCUCGGCACUAAAAAUACGGGCAUGGGAGGGAAAAAUACGAUUGUAUUUCUCAUGCCCGUAUUUCUUCCUCCGCUCCUGUUUAAUGCUUCGAUUAUCCCUCAACCGAACUUUGAAUCAGUCGUCGUGUGAUCCCAGACGCUCGUAGUCUCGUUCUCUUUCUUUUCAUGACAAGAUUCCAUGAUUAUUUGUCUAUAAUAUGAUGUAGAAAUUCAUGUUUCCUCAGGUAAAGCUCGAGUUUCUUCUCCCCGAAUGAACAAAUGAUCUCCGGUUGACUUGAAACUUGCGCUUAUACUUCACUUUACAUGCUAGGACCUGAAAUGUGACAAAAUAACACAACCUAGCAUAAAAUAGGCAAAGACACCACAAAUUUGAGCCAAAACGGUUAAGAAACAAGAGUGCAAACAUGUGCAAAUACGACGCUAUCACCUCCUCGAUCGUCGCCCUCGUUGCCACUACUCUUCUCCCGCCGGCCUCCUCUCUCCCCGGGCGCGUCCCUCCACCACCACUCUUCCUUCCCUCCCCUUCUUUUUUUAAGAUUUGUGAUUUUUUUAUUUUAAUAUAUGUUUUUUUUGGUCUGGUCAAGUGGUAGUUUUUUUUCGUCUAGUAGUAUUGUUAUCACUAAACUGAUAACACUACCAUUGGUAACGUUAUCUGUGCAGUGAUAGUGUUAUCGAUAGUGAUAGCGUUAUCAGUCCACCGAGUACCGUUACCACUACACUGAUAAUGCUACCACUCCAUUGUAACGCUACCACACGCAUUGAUAACUUCACCACUCCACUCGAGUGGUAUCGUUAUCGAUGGAGUGGUGUCAUUGUCGAUGGAGUGGUAACGUCAUCAUGUGGACUGAUACAGUUUUUUUUAACGCAUUGGAACAUUUUUGCGGGUGGCCGAAGAGAGUUUGAUGGAGGGAUUUCACCGGCGGAAGUCUGUCAGUCGGAGACAAAGAAGCUGCUGGAAAAGGAAGAGAGCGAGAUAGAGAGAAUAAUAUAUUUAAUAUAGAUUUAAAUUUUAAAAAAGCAAUACAUUUAAUAUGUGUUUUUAUUUUUAAAUUUCCAACGUGUAAUUAAUAAAAAAAGUAAUUGAUAAAAUAUUUUUUUGGCAUACCCAAAUUGUCAUUUGGUUGUGAAAAUCAAAACUCCUAAUGGGUUGUGAUAUAAUCCUGCCCCAGGGGAACACACUUGUCGUUAUUAAAAAUGGGGUGAGGGAACAAACGCGUAGGGGCAACCAAAGAAAUAAAUGAUACAUAUAAUGUCAUGUGUUUAUAAUUGAAAAUACUAAAAUAAACUAAGUAGUAGUUAAACAUCAGGGAUAUGUUCAUUUCUUCUUGAUUUCUCAAUCAUUCACAAAUUCUUCUUCUUUGUAAGUGCUUUGCUCUUCAUCCUCCUAUUCGCUAGAAUCUCCAACGCCAAUAAUUCCUAUAGAAGGAACAUCAUCAAUGCCUACACAUUUAAAUCUAGAAGAAGAGAAAUUCACAUUCCAUACCACAGUUUUGAAAGCUACGUAAAAUGUUAUAUAAAGAAAUCAAAGUGUUCAGCAAGAAGAAGUUAUCCAACAAUCAUAGUAAGCACGAACCAACAAAACACUUACUAUUGUCAAGAUCUUCCAACUCCUCCAACUCCUCAUCCUCGAGAGGUAAUGUUGAACUUGCUAAUCAAUUUUCACUACAAAUGAGAGCUUUCAUAAUCUGCAUAGUCAAAGAACUCCUGGAACAAUCCAACACACAUGCUCUUAUGCUAAAAUCACUCUUAGAUGCUAUUACUGAUAUGAGGGCAACAAAGAUUUCCUUUGCAAUCUCGCUCAAAGUGGGAUAUCUAAAAAACAUAGGCUUUGCACUACAUCAAGACAUCAUAGUUCAUAUUCUUGUCAUUUGGUUCACGAAGUUCAACCAAAUUUCUUUCAUACUCAGUUGCAUGAAUACUACCCUCAUCACCAUCAUAUUCAAGCUCAUCAUUAAAAGUAUCACUUCCCACAUCGACCACACUCAUUGAAGAAGUAAUUGUUGCACUAACUAUUGUGGAACUACCAUAAGAGUGUGUCUCUCGACUAGGAGGUUUGAUCAUCGCUUUGUAGUGAUUAAAAAAUUGGUAAGCUCUCCACGAAUCUCAUCCAACAAUUCAUCCCCUCAUACUUUUGUAUAUAACUUCCACAAAGCAUAUUUAGGAUACUUCAACUCGUAUAAAAACCACUGUCAUAUUAGAACAAUUUAUUCGUUCUUAAAUUCUCAUUAUCUAUCUCAUACUAAUAUUAUGCUACCUUUGCAUGCAUCCUAGCUGCCAUAUUACUUACCUACUCCUCAUCAUCGACCUCAAUUUGCUUGAGAUGAUGGAAAACAUUACAAAGCUCUAUAAGAAAGAGAUGAGAUGAUCACAUAUUUAGUACCAUAUACAAGCACUACGAGUUGAUGGAAAUAACUCAAGUGAUUGCACAAAUUUCUAACACUCUCCCAAUUUGAUGAACUUGGAGGACAAAUUGUCACCUUUGUACUUAUUAGCCUUGAGAAGAUAAUUCCAAAAGUCUCCAUCCUCUGCCUCAAGAAAGUUAUAUGCCUUCUCAUACACCUCAAAUGCUGCCAACGUCAAAUAGGUCGAAUUUCACCUAGUGAGAACAUGCAAAUACAACAUCUUCCGGUAGUCAAUGUGAUGGAAGGUCACACACUUCUUAAACGUAUCCAACCUGCUAGAUGAAGCACGAACCCAUUUUAUAGCCUCCAUAGUAUGUAUGAUAGUCACCUCAAUUUCCUCCCAUCCAUCAGUGAUAAUGAUUAAUAAUAAUAUGAGCCACAAAACGCAGAUGCAAAUAUGUCCCACCCUUGAUACUACCACCCCAAUCAGUCAAUUUCUCCUUCAAGUAGCCAACCGCAGUAUCAUUUGCACUUACAUUAUCAAUUGUGACUGAAAAUACAUCUUUGAAAACUCAAUUUUCCAAAAUACAAACAAUUGCCACACAAAUAUCAAGUCCUAUGGCUCUGGUCGUGAGACAUAACACUAUGACUUUCUUGUGUAACUUCCGUUCAUUCCCGAUAAAGGGAGCAGUCAAACUUAAGUGAUUAAUUUUUUUUUUUUGAAUAAAAGUCCAACAAUAUGUUGUAAAAGAGAUCCUACCAUCACAUUUGUCUUUAAAAUAAUCCACCAAUUGGUUCCUCCCUUCAACAAACAAUUUGAAGCAAUCUUAUCUUAUACUAUUCAUAAAAGGGAUCCUAAACAUAAGACAUGCAACACGACAUAUUUUUUUAAACUCUCAUCGUCAAUAAACAUAAACAACUCAUCCUUACUUAUCAUUUGCGCUAAUGCAUACCUAACUUUUCCUUGUUAAAAUUUCCAAUUGCUUAACCUUUUUUCAUCAUUUGAAUAUGGUUGCAGGCUAAAUUUCAUUUGACCGCCUCCUUCUUUCCUUUUUUUCCUUCCAUGUUGUAGUAUGUGUACGAAGACAAAGUGUCAUUUCGUCAAGUAGCACAGCGGUAUUGCAGAAUAAACAUCUUGACUUCCUCAAGGUUUUCUUCCCAUCCUUUCUGACAUUUGAACUUGGCACAAAAAAGCUCAAACUCAUCAUAUGCAUCUGACCUAAGUUUGCAUAUCCUCUUAUUGCUCUUAGAAGGGUUCACAAUAAGUGCAAAAUCAGUCACAAAGAGAUGAGGAUUUAGAACAAUAUAAGCACCACUCAGAGCGGAGGAUGAGCUUCUUGUUCAGGAACAACAACACUUGGAGAUGCAAAGUGGGAAACACUUCCACUUGAUUCACCACUUUUUUGUCUCUUCUUGUUCUUGACAGAAUUAGGAGGUAAAGAAGAUUUGUCUUUCCUUCACUUGUUCUCGUCCCAUAUAAAUCCAUACAAUCAAGGGUUAAUACCUUAAAUUGGCCCGAACUUUACACAAACAUACUACUUUGGUUUAUAGUUUCUGAAAUUCCCAUAAUGACCUAAACUAUGCACCGUCUAUCCUACUUUGGCAUGACCCGUAGAUUGACCGUUAAAUUGCCUGGUUAACAUCAUUGACUAGUGAUCAAUGGAUCAUGUCAUUGCCUCGUCAGCCCAAAAUCAUUAAAAAAAUUAAAUUCAAAUAAUUUUUCCUAAUUUCAUUAUUUAUCAUUUUUAAAUAAAAAUAAAAAUUAAAUAAAUAAGGGGAGAUUUACUUAUCAUCUCCCUCUCUCAUAUGAUUAUGCAGUUAAGCGCAACACUGCAACAUCAGCGUCAACUGGCAGUAGCAGUAGCUUUGAGCGACAACCGGUGGCAAUGACUCUUCCUUCUUCACUCUUCUGCAGCGACAAACCUAGAUAGGAACUCAAUGAAAUUGAAGAAUUAAAGAGACUAUUUGGUUUUCUUUUAGCUUGCUGUCAAGCUUGUCUUGACGGCUUGUUAGCAAGUUCAUCUUGCUAGCUUAUUGCCAUGUCAUCUUCACACCCAGGAUCUCAUCAGCCGUCUUGUCGACUUGUCAGCAAGUUCAUCUUGCUAGUUAGUAGUAUUUCCAAGCAAUAAUCCUAGAUUUUGCACAACAUCGUAUUCCAUAGGGUCUUUUGAUAGCAAGUAUUUUAAAACUCACUACUUAUGCUCGAAUAACAAUGCAAAGAAUGUAAAUGUACUAUCUAAUAACAAAAACAGAUAAACAAGAAAGCAGUAAAAGAACUAUUGUUUAGUUAGUUUCAUCUACAUGAUCACAUAUACAAUAUCCUUAACAAGAUGCAUCUAUGCAUAUCCUAUUUACAAUACCAUAUACCUUCCACUAAAGUAUCCUAACGAGAUUUCACUACAUGCGAGAUGACUACAACUAGCCAAUGCGUGCUUUCACUUCAUGCCAUGAACUAAUCAUUAAAAUAAGGAAGUAAGGAUAUCACAUUUACUACUUAGGCCCUCAAUGUGCCAUAACAAUGGUCUAUAACAUUGAUGAUCUAAGUAUCAAGCAUUAAUCUCACAUAUAUAUGCAUAGUCAUGUCCAAGUAAGCAUACAUACACAAGGUAAUAACACAUCAUAUAAGAGUAGUUUUCUAUCACUUAACAUGACAUUAUAAUCAAUACCAUAGCAACACAUAAUAGAUAAUAAUAAAAAAUCAUAGAAUGAUAACUUCACUCAUGAGACCUGUAUUGAUUUCCUUCUUCUUUCUUCUCUUUUCCAUAGGCCAUGUAGGACGCCAUCGAUUGACGACCAUAUUUCAUCCGCCAAGAGGGAUCAGUGAUGUUUUAGCCUUGGCUUGGCAAAGAGCCGUAAACGUGUCCUUAUCGAGAAGCGCUUCAAGGUGGGGUGGAGAGUUUUGGUGGCACUUGUAACUUGUAGAAGCUUCAUCCACCACGAACCCGUCCUCAUCUUGGUCACCAUUUGCAUCCUCAACCUCCCUUCUUCCUUCCAAACUUUGUUCCUCCCCUUGGAAUCCUCAAGUUCCUCCUUCUCAUAGCUCACUUCCUUCUCCACAACUUCCCUUCUCACCCUUUCUCACUCUUCCUCAAGCAUACAAUGGAGAGAAAGUUUCCAAGCAGUGUCUUCAAUAAGAUAUACUUGCAUAUCUUCAUUUGUACCUAACUCUUCAAAGCUCUAAAUGGAAGAUGGAAGGGUGCGGUUUACCUCCAAAUGACUUGAUUGCUUGAUAACACCCAAAAUGGUAUUAUUUAGAGCCCAUAUUUAGGUUUGUUUCAAGUCAUUUUAUGUUCUUCAUGGUUACUAUAUCGCCAAAUAUACCUCUUAUUAGUUCCUUUGAGAAAAUAUUAGCAUAUUAGGGUGUAUUGGAUGAUAUGUAUGUUUUAAGUAAAAAAAUGUGCACAAGUGUAGAGAAAUUAUCAAAAUCCAGAGAUCACAGCCAGAGCAUGAAUGAUCACAGUCGGGAAUAAAGGGCGCGAAGCUGAGGACCAAGAUUGCAACUUUCAGUGCGAUGAUCACGAUCGCGAAGAUGGGGGCCUCAGGGGCGAACUUUUGGAGCAGCCAACAAGGAAGGAGGAGAAAGUCUUGAUAGUCGACUCACUACCUUCUUCAUCCGAGCUCGCGAAGAAUAUCGUGGCCACGGAUCACGUAUCGUGACCGUGAACUCGUGCCUCAAACUUUCCUACUUUCAAAGCGAAAAACGACAAGCUCAAGAUCGCGACCUUUACUUCCCAAAUUGAGGACGUGAACUCUCCCAGCAUGACCGUGAACUUGCUCGAAUCCUGGAAGUCUAUAAAUAGGGGGUACCUCCCCCUACAUUUGGAGCUAAAAUUGAUUAAAGAUUUUUGUUUUAAGAAAGAGAAAGUGAGAGAAAGAAACCGAAGGAAGGAUAAGAGGAGGAGGAGGAGGAGGAAAAGAAGGAAAGGAGCUCUCCCACAUCAAAACUUCUUCUAUUUUCUUCCAUAUAUCUUCUUCCCUUUUUAUGGGGGUAGUUCUCUAAGGUACUAUGGGUUAAACCCCAAACCCUAGCUUUAGGUUUUUAAUGUAGAUGUAAUUGUGUAAGGAUUUAUGAAUGGAUAUGUUUGUUUUAGUGAGUUUAUGCUUCAUUUAUUCUUAAGUAGUCUUGGGUAAGUCGCCUAACUCUACCUUACUAGCCUACAAUUGAGUUAACACUAGGUGGGAAUUUUAGAGUUAAACUGGGUAGCGCCAACUGGCAGAUUAAGGGUAGAUGAAUGAUCUUAGAGUUCCUUAAUGGAUGUGGAGACCGAACCCCUUCUAUAGGAAUGUCUCCCUAAAACAAUGCUACAGAAGUCGCACACGUUCUGGUAGAAGCAUGUCUCUAGUAUGCAUGAUAAACUAAACCUAUUGAGAGUAACUAUGGGAGAAAACCUAGCAUGUAGACUUAGACUGAGGUGACAAUGGGUCUUUGUGGGUCGUGGUAGGAGGGAGAGUACUUAUUAAAAUCCACAGAUUAGAGAGUUCCACAUCCUAUCCUAUAAAUCCAACAUAGUUAGCCAUUUACAUGAUGAACUAGUCUAGGGCGAGGGUGGCACCCCGAAGUACCUUGCUUUAUCUUUGCUUUCUCCACCAAUACCUUGCGAUCAACCUCCAACCCAAAACCCUAAACCGGUUGUCUAGAUAACAACAAAUUGAGAACUAGCCUAAGGUAUCGUAACCCGCGGAAUACGACCUUGGUAGCCACUAUAUUAGCAAUGCCAUUAUGAGUUAUACUUGACUCAGAAUGGGGUAGUUAGGUAAGUCGUGCAAACGAUUGAUAACACCCGCACGGAGGUAGUAGCAUCACGACCAUUGCUCAUCAUCAUUAUCAUGGGAGCUCUUCGGGAUGAGUUCUUUUUGCUCCCUAAAUUCCUCAUGGUUCACCUCUUCAACUCCCUCUUUGAAUGGUAAUAGAUGAUCGUGAGUAAGUUGUGCACAGGCUUGCUCAAUAAACCCUCAUAGACUCUCCAAGUCGAUAGAGGUUGUGGUUACGAGGUCCACAUUGGAGCAUCCUUCCUCGGUGCCCCAGGCGAAUCGCUCCACCAUGAGCUCCAAUUGGCUCUUACGAUCCGGUUGUGGAAGGGAGUUUUCUUGGUAUGGGGAAGCUUCUUGAUAUCCCCAUGAGUAUGGUUGUUCUUCAUGGAAGGGAGGUUGGUAAUAGAACCGAAUCCUUGACUUUCACCUCCUUGGUUGCUUUAGGAAGCUCGAGGAAACCACUCUCGGGUGUAGGUGGAUACCCCCACAUGUGGGUGAAGUCUUAAGGAUCCAUGGUUUGAUACCUACAAACACACAAACACUAAAAAGGAAAUCAAACAAACACAAACGCCCUUUGGAGGGAAGAGUGAGUGAACAAAACACAAACGAAACACACACAAAAACUAUAGUAACAAACCAAAGCCUUUUCCCGAUAACUUAGAAUGUCCUCAGCAGUGGCACAAAAAACUUGACUCGCACUAACUAGAAAUUCCCAAUCGAGGGCCAAGCAUAACCAAUGAUCGAGUGUAGCAUAGGGUAAGUUUAAUAAAUUAUCAAAUCCACGAGACUCUAGAUGUACCGUUACUUCAACUUAGGUUCAUUAUCUAGCCAAACAAUAAGGUUGCGUAUGGAUAGGUGUAUUUCAAAUGUAAGAUAUUUGAAAUACAAGUAUUUAAAAUGC